AAAGCUGCUGCCGACAGGAGCCGGCUGCGGGGGACAGACAGGAGUUGACAUAGGGUACAACAAGGCAGAAAAGGGCGGCGAGAGUGACACACCUGCCAACAUGUUUGCGAGCCAGGGGGCAUCUGCGAACGAACUGAGAACGCUGACUGCCAAGAACCUGGAUGGCUGGAUCGCCGACACCCUGCAGCCCAGCACGGCUUUCACCACGCAGGUGAAGGAGACGGUGGGACAAAUAUGUGAAUUCCUGAAGAGAGACUGCUUUGGGGAUGAAAUCCACGUCCAAAAGACUGUCAAGGGCGGCUCAGCAGGCAAGGGCACAGCUCUGAAGAAUAACUCUGACGCCGAUGUGGUGCUCUUCCUCAGCUGCUUACCCAGCUACGAGGAGCAGAAGAAGAACAGAAAGGWUAUCCUGGAUUUGAUCAUGAUAAGGCUAAAGACCUGCAGGGAGAGCUUGCAGUUUGAUGUGUYCAUCAGUGAACCCAGGUACAAAGGUCCUGACAACACGCCGCGCUCCCUCAGCCUUACUCUGUCCUCCAGGCUAACUAGAGAGUCCAUCGAUGUGGACAUCCUGCCCGCCUACGAUGCUUUGGGGCAGGUGAUCCAGGAUGCCCCACCGAAUGCAGAAGUGUACGUGAAGCUCCUGCAGGCCUGCAGCCAGCCUGGGGAGUUUUCCCCCUGCUUCACUGAGCUGCAGAAGUUGUUUGUGAAGCGUUACCCCGCCAAGCUGAAGAACCUCCUGCGCCUGGUCAAGUACUGGUACAAGGAGCUGCUGAGUCCACAGUACCCCAAUGCACACCUGCCCCCUAAGUAUGCUCUGGAGCUGCUGACCGUCUAUGCCUGGCAGGAGGCCACAGGCUGCCGUGACUCCUUUGACAUGGCUGAGGGCUUCUGCACCGUGCUGGAACUGCUGUGCCGGCACCGGCAGAUCUGCAUCUACUGGGAGAAGUACUACUCUCUCAAGCACCCACAGAUYGGUCACCAUGUCAAGGGGUUGCUGUGCAGUCCCCGCCCUGUCAUCCUGGACCCUGCUGACCCCACGGGGAUCCUGGGCCAAGACAAGGACUGGAACUUGAUGGCGCAGCUGGCUGCCAUGUACCGCCACUCACUGCCCUUCCUUGAAAAUGUCCAGCCCUGGAAUGUGGAGCCAGCCCGGCCCGUGACCAUUGACGUGAUGCAGCUGUCGGGCAGCAAACUGAGGAAGCGUGUCAGCCCCUACACCACCAUUGCGAAGCUGAAGACGAUGAUCCAGCAGGACUGGGGCAUCUCGCUGUACACGCAGCGCCUGGCACAGCAGGAGCCAGGCAAGGGCAACAUCAUCCUACAGGAUUCUGAUACCCUGGCCACGUACGGUAUCUUCUACGACACCACGCUGGUGCUGCUGCAGAYUGAGCCCCAGCAGAUGCAGGUCUUGGUGAGGGACCACAGGAAUGUGACCACKACCUACACGGUGCUGCCCACUGACACUGUCCGGAAGCUGAAAGAGCAGAUCCAGGCCCGCCAGGGGCCUUCUGCCAAUGAGCAGCGCCUGACCUAUGACUCCAGGGAGCUGGAGGACCAGCACACGCUGGCACAUUACAACAUCAGGCCCAUGACCACAAUCACCAUGCAUCUGCGGCUCCGGGGGGGUGCAGGCCCCCAGCACCCCUAGUUCYGUGCCUGCUUGCCCUCCUGAGCAUUGCCCUCAGCACCAACCCAUGCCCCUGUGUAUCCCCCUGCCAUGCUGGAAAUAAAUGCUUUGGUAGAU